UCAGCGCGCGAUUUCUCAAUUUGGGCAAAUCUUGUAAUUCAGACCUUUAUUAAAGGUGAUUAAUUCCGCGAACUGAGAAGUGCUGAAGAGUUUUUUUGGAUAUCUUGGAUCACUGCCUUUUCUUUAGGGACUCGGGAUUUUCAGAGCGCUCGGGGCCAGAGAUGAGCAGCAGCUCGUCACCAUGUGGCUGGGUUUAUUGCUCCGUGCGCACUCGCGUCUGUUGCUCAUAACAUCAGCGAGCGGCCGCGAAUGUGUCGGGGAGCUCGGCGCACGUGUGGUCGGGCGCAGUGCAUAGCGGACGCGGAACAGCUGCGGCGCUUCAACUCGUCCCGUCUUGUUCGCCGAACGGCGAUCAGUUGACACAUUCAUGUCGAUGCGCCAGUGAGUCGGGGUCUUGUCAAUUGAACCCCCACCCCCCACUCAACCAGCAGCAAAGGAGCCGUCUGCACGGUGAAGGCUUUAUUAUGAACCCGAUAGCCUAGUCCGGGUUGCGAGCGGCGCUGACCGUGUUCCUGCAGCAAGCCGGAGACUGAUGCGGGCUAGACCGCAGUGAAGGAUAGCAAUCUGCGUUCUCCGGUGUAGGUAUUAUGAAGAAAAACGGCGGAGGCACCUGCUUAUGAGGCUUGAAACUGGAGCCUCUUUGGUAGUCGGGAUGUGAGAACGAAGGACACUUAAUAAUCCAUUUCCAUCACUGCACUUUGCAACUGACUGCAAAGAACUGGUGCAUAUGUAUAGUCAAUGCUUCAACCAUGUCAGACUUGGUAUUUUUUGAGAAACCGGCCCUCUGCGUGGGUGACUUCACCUGGAACAGCAUGUCUGGCCGCAGUGUUCGACUAAAGCCAGUCCCUAUUCAGAGUCUCUCGGAGCUGGAGAGAGUACGGCUUCAGGAAGUGGCUUUUUAUCGGCUGCAGCAGGACUAUGACUUGGGCUGCCAGGUUACAAUUCCAAAAGAUGGGCAAAAACGGAAGAAAUCCCUGAGGAGGAAGUUGGACUCAUUGGGCAAAGAAAAGAACAAGGACAAAGAAUUUGCACCUCAUGCCUUUGCGAUGCCAUUGUCCCAAGUAAUUGUCAAUGAUCGGGCCCACAAACAAAAGCAGGAUGCUCGGAGAGGGGAGCAAAAAGACCAUUUGGAUCUGGUGACGUCGGUUUUGCCAUUUGGACCCAAAAGACCCAACAAAGAACUCUCAAGCAGCAAUUCAUCUCUCAGUUCAACCUCGGAAACUCUAAAUGAACCAGCAUCACCCAAUAGUCUUGAAGCUUCCCAGCGUGUGAGAAGACGGGGUGGAAUGUCUGUGGAUUCCAUCACCGACCUUGAUGAUGAUCACUCUCGACUAUUGGAAGCGCUGCAGCUUUCACUCCCUACAGAAGUGCCAAACAAGAAAGAAAAGCAGAGAGACAAGAAAUUAAGCCUAAAUCCUAUUUAUCGGCAGGUUCCUAGAUUAGUGGACAGUUGCUGCCAGCACCUAGAAAAGUAUGGUCUUCAAACAGUAGGAAUAUUCAGAGUUGGUAGCUCAAAGAAAAGAGUAAGACAGUUACGAGAGGAGUUUGAUCGAGGAGUAGAUGUUUUGCUUGAUGAGGAGCACAGUGUUCAUGAUGUUGGGGCCUUGCUGAAGGAAUUUUUGAGGGAUAUACCAGACCCUUUGCUUACUAGAGAGCUCUACACCCCAUUCAUCAGCGCACUUCUAUUGGAUCACGAUGAACAGCUCAGUGUCUUGCAGCUGCUCAUUUACCUCCUCCCUCCGUGCAAUUGUGACACCCUCCACAGACUUGUGGAGUUCCUUGCCAUGGUAGCAAAUCACGCUGAAGACACCUUGGACAAAGAUGGACAUGAGAUCACUGGGAACAAAAUGACUUCACUUAAUCUUGCCACGAUCUUUGGACCUAACCUGCUUCAUAAACAGAAGAGUUCUGACAAGGAAUUUAGUGUGCAAAGUUCAGCUCGGGCUGAAGAGAGUGCUGCCAUUAUCAAUGUUGUUCAGAAGAUAAUUGAAAACUAUGAAACUUUAUUCCUGGUUCCCCCGGAGCUACAGAACGAGGUACUGAUGAGCUUGCUAGAGACAGAUCCAGAUGUUGUUGACUAUUUGCUGCGGAGGAAAGCUUCACAGUCAUCGAGUCCAGAUCUGACAAGGGCAGAGAUGUCCUAUACUUUGGGAGGAAGACAUUCAUCGACUGACUCCAACAAGAUGUCAAGUGGAGAAGUCUCACCUUAUGACAAUAAUUCUCCAGUACUCACAGACAGGCUGUUAGUACAAAAGGCAGAUGAUCUCAGUCCUAGUUCCGACAAGCUUUAUAAAGUUCCUGAACAAUAUGCUUUAGUUGGACACUUGAAAUCCAAAUCUAGGGACAGCUCUCCAGUGUCAUGGCCUGAAAAAGGUUUAUAUGGCAAUAUUUACCAAAACAGCCCACUGCAGCAAAGACAGUGUUCUCUGUCCCAGGGGAACCUCUCAGUGGACUGGUCUGUGCCUCAGGCCUCUUCCACAUUGUCUCUAGACAACACAAAGCUGCCUGUGCGAAGAACUCACACAACUGCAGGGGUACCUGAGUGCAGGGCUCACCCCCCAGUGAGUCGUGUCUGCAGUAGUCCACAAGUGGCAGGAAGUAAGAAAAAUAUUCAGCUGAGCCUGGAAUCAUUGUGCCUCAGACGUGACCAACGCUCCACAGCAAGUGCAGAAGAAAUUUUUCAGAGAACCUCAGACACCUCUUUCUUACACAAGAAGCCGUGGCUAACCUGUUUCAAGCACGGGGACAUCAAUCGCAAUGAGAGGCGGCCCCCUCCGCCCUACCCCGUUGAGCUGAGGCAAACCUCAUCCAGUAACUCUGUUGCACAUCAAGAACAAGCUUUGUCAAGACAUCAUAGAUCUCAGCAAGGCUCAGCUCUGGCAGGAGAGCUGGAGGCAAUGGUGCUUGAGCCGUCGACAGCCAAGCUCCACGAGCAGGACUUGGUUUCCCCCAGCAACGAGAACGAAGCGUGGUCCAAACAGUCAGAUAAUAAGAACAACUUAACAGAGCCUGAGUGGGUGGAGUGGCAAAGAGAGCGAUGGCAAAUCUGGGAGCUCCUGUCAACGGACAAUGCAGAUUCUCUUCCUGAAACUCUAGUAUGAUAGCUUGAGCUGCCCGAAUGCAGGCCUUGUUUAGAUAUCAUGUCAUAAUUUUUUAAAAUCUAAAUUUAUCCUAUCAUGUACACAAAACAUAUUUUUAUAUUUGUGUGAUAUUUUUACUUUUUACUUUUCAGGUGUAAAAGUACACAGUCUUUAAUAUUCAUGUAAAAGCCAGUGUGUCUGUCAGCACCUAAAACACAAGCAUAGGACAAUGCAUUUGAAUGUUGCUGUAGCAUAAACUAUACAUGAAAUAUAUAAAUAUCUAUUCAGUGAUUUAUUUUCCAAUGAUUUGUAUUUAUAUGUACAUGUUUGGACCAUUGUUAUGUCUGAGAGGUUAUGUUCAGAACCACAUUCAGUGGGAGGGGAUGGGGAGCAGGAGAUUAUCACCUGGACGUCAAGCACUUAUCAUGUUGCUAAUAGCCAAAAGUAACAGAAGAGUGUCCCUGUUGUCUACCAACUUAAGGUAACUCCCUGCUGGUUAGUUUCUUCCAACCAGCAGGCAGUUACAGGAAAUUCUUGUCAAUUGACUAAAUGAAAUAGCCAUCGCAUUAUCAAGUUUUGACAAUUGUUGUCAAUUUUCUUUUGAGGAUACCAUUUAUUUUUCAGCUAACAUGUCGCCCUCAAAUAACAACCAGCAUUCCCUUUAAUCAUGUAAUAUUUUAUUGGUACUAAACCUACGUAGCACAUCUUCAAGUAACUUCAGUUCCCUUCUCUGUGAGGAAUGGUCCCCACUUGAUCGAGAUGGUUGUAUUUUCAAUAUGUGAUUAUUGAAGGGUUAGUGAAAGACAAUCCAACUCCAGCCCCAAUGAAAUGGAAAUAUUUUUGCCUGGCAGGAAUUGAGAGAUUAUAUAUUUUAAAUAUGGGAAAAUGAUUAAGUAUUUUUUCAUGUAUUCAAAUGAGGGAUUUGCAUACAAUGUACCUUUUAAAACAAGACUAAGUUACAAAUUCAUGCAAUAUCAUGUGUUUUAUUUUCAGAAAAAAAUGUUUAUUUUAUAAUAUCGUAUUUUAUCUAGCUCAAAAACUGGGCGAGCUCAUGAGAGGUAAAUGAAUAGAUUACGUAGAGACAGUUGUGAUGUAUCAUCUUACAUUGUCUUAAACAGAUCUAUAGUCAUCUACAGUGCCAUUGAAUUAAAAAAAGAACAUUUA